AUGUGUGUUCUCAUUCAGUUCAACACUCACCUGCAGCAGCACUUGCGGAAUGUCGGCCUGUCUCCCCUGAAGAAACGAGGCCAUGGACGACAUGGGGUACUGCUGGGCCAGCUUCACAGUCACCUUCACCGCCCGCUCCCUCCGCUCCCCCCCUCCGCGCCCGCCCCUCCCGCCCCCGCGCCCACCACCACUGCUGCUCCCUCCCCUUCCCCCACCUCCACCACCUCUCCCCCCGCCUGCCCCUUCGUCUUUUUCGGGCAGCACGACGCGAAACUCCUGGCUGUCGAAGGGCAGAGGCCGGGCAGUGAAAAUGUUCUUCAUGCCAUCGAAGACGGGGCGCACGGGGGCGCUGGGGGCGCCGCCAGGCGCGGGGGAGACGAGGUGCGCGCUGUAGGUGUGGGCCAGCUGGCGGAUGGCUGCGCGCAUGACGCCCUUGGAGGCCAACGCGGGGGAGAAUUCAACAUCGUAGUGGUAGAUGACCAGGUCCUGGGAGGGAGAGGUGUGUGUGGGGGGUGUGGCAGGAAGGCAGGGGCGUUUGGAGCAGCAGGUUUGAAGUGCAUCAACAGGCGGCCUUGGAGUGGUUCGCCAGCAGCAUCACGGGCCACCCCAACCUCCCACCUCUCCCCUCACCCAAUCCCCCCCUCCCCCCCUCCCCCCUCUCUCCCCCCCCGCUCCCCCCUGCGCGCGCGCACCUGGAGGUCAAUCUUGAAGUGGUUGGCCAGCAGCAUCACGGGGCGCCCCAGCUUGCCGAAGUCGGGGCGCGCCGCCGCCACCAGCGCCCUGCUCGACACGCCCGCGGGGCCCGCCAUAGUCACCGCCACGCCCGCCGCUGGCGCGCCCGCCGCUGCUGCCGCCGGCGCAACCGCUACGGGGGCGGGCGCGGCCGGUACGGGGGCAGGCGCCGGAGCAGCAGGUGCCGGCGCGCGCGGAGCAGCAGCGGGCACAGGGGCGGGAGUAGGGGCAGCGGUCGCGGGGGUAGGAGCGGGGGCGCGCGCAGGUGCGAGGGCGGGGAAAUCCGCGGGUGGCGCAGACACACCCAUCUGCGCCAUGCCUGCGGUGAUGCCCCCAACCCCCCCCGCUCCUUGCGCCUGCUCUCCGCGUCCUCCCCGCCCGCGGCCUCCGCGUCCGCGCCCUCCGCCUGCGCCAGGGCCCCCCGCUCCCCCUGGUGCUCCUGCGGGAGCGGGCCCACCCCUUCCCCCUGGCGGCGCGCCCCUUCCCCCUCCGGGCGCACCCCUUCCCCCCCAACCUCCUCCUGCGGGGGACGGGGCGCCUCUGCCCGCCGCGGGCGGCUGA